UCUGAAUCAGAUACCAAAAUAAACAUAAAACGUGUGGUUUUUUAUUCAAGUUUAAAGCUGUUAAAGCAGUCUGAAUGUAAAAUAAACAAUUCAUAAUGGAAAAUUCAAAUAAUGAACCAUCGGACGAUGUCGAACCAACAGACAGAACGAAUGCUGAACGCGGCUUAGUACCGAUAGUAAUUUUAAAUGCUCUUAGUGAAGCAGAAAAUGCUGUUUAUGGAUUAAAUAAUGAACAGGCGGCUGAAGAAGGAGUACAAGAGAAUGAGACUGACGACGAUGACGAAAAUGUUGAAGACGAUAAUUAUUAUUUAAAUGGAUUUGUAGAAAUGCGCGAAGAAAUCAAUUUAAGCGAUGAUGAUAAUUCUCACGAAGAACAACAAGAAGUCGUACGAACAUUUGAUACCUCUUUACCUACGGAACACGCUUAUUUGGGAAAUGAUUUAGAGUAUUUAAGAGGACGAGUUUUGUUUGAAGAUUAUCAGAUAGUACGAUUACAAAUUUUACCAGGGGAUGCAAUUGUUUGUCCAGGUUACACGUUACCAUUUACUUUUUAUCAGUAUCGAUCCGUAAUACAACAGAUUUUACAAAAAGAUAAAACAUUUGGAUUAACUUAUUCUCUUGGAAGUCGAUAUAAUAUUAUGAAUUUAAUUGGAGUAACUAUGGAAAUUUUUGAAUACGCAGAAACUCCUCAUGAAAUUAAAAUUAAAGCAAAAGGGCGACAAAGGUUUAGAGUUUUAGAUAUUGAUCCAAAAUCCUCACCUUUUGAACACAGAGUGCAAAUAUUACCUGAAGUGGAUUUACCACAUCCGUUAAAUGCAAUACAAUUUGACUCGCUAAAUAAAUUUCGAUUACAUGUUCAACAAGAUAAAUCUACAUUCAAGCAUAAUCAAUUUUUUCGAUGUAGGGAUGCUAUUCAAACACGUUGGCCAUUAUGGGUUUUUACUUCCUAUGAUGAAGAUUAUCUUGUUACAGAAAUUUUUGAUCUUUUAAAAAAUUUCAAGGAAAUUUUACCAAGAGAUCCAUUAAAACUAUCCUAUUGGGUAAUACAAAAUUUUUUACUAAGUACCGCUGAACGAAUAGAAGCAUUGAAAUUUAAUAGCUCCGUACAACGAUUACGUUUUGUAUUAAAUAACAUGCGCAAUCCACGAUAUAUAAGCUGUUCGCAAUGUCAAAGUGAAUUUGCUGGUCAAGAAGAUCUAUUUCCUAUGUCAAAAGAUGGAUUACAAAAUAAUUUUGUUAAUCCAGGUGGAGUAGUUCAUGAAACUAUUACAGUGUUGCGAGCACACAGAAUCAGUUUAAUUGGUCAGCCUCAAGUAGUUUACAGCUGGUUUCCAGGUUAUGCAUGGACUAUUGCACAAUGUAGUGUUUGUACAAAUCAUCAUAUUGGUUGGCGUUUUACAGCAACAACACCUGAUUUAUUACCACAAAAAUUUUAUGGAUUAACUCGCUCAUCUGUUAUGAUAAAAACAAUCAAAAAUGAUAAAAGUGUUUAAUAAUAUUUAAGAAAAAAAUUAUAUAUUUAUUUUUUAUCGACUGUUAUUGGCUUUGUCCCAAACUAUCACACAACCAUUGACCAGUUUUGGUGUUAGGAUGAUUUUGAAUCAAAGAUUGAAUCCCUUCUGUCUGUAGUAGACUAAAACCAUCUAAUAAUCAAAUACUAAUAGAAGUAAGUGGUUGAUUUCAGGCUAUGUUUAGUCUAAAUUAAGUACAAAUAAACAUUUAAUUGAAACAGUAAAUUUUCCAUCUAAAUAGCCGAGCCGGUGUCCCGACUUUUUGGUUUACACGUUUCAUUUUUUAACAUUAAAUGGCUAAAUUACUAAGAAGUAAAGUCACUAUGAAUUUUUUUAUUUAAUUUUAACGUAUAAGCACAACGCUAUCAACCAGCUAACGCCAAAACUCGGUUUUAUUAUUACCAUCUUUGAAAA